AAUUUAUACUUUUACUAUAAAAAAAGAUUAAUAUUUCUCAUUUCUUACCAUUUUUACUCUAAGCUUUACUUUUUCUACUAAUCCAUAAUCAAAACACCCUAAUCCAACCCCAUCCCCAAACCCCAAACGACACAGUUGCAGAGAUUUCGCCGUAUUAAGCUCAAAAUGUACUUGGAUCCGAUCCGAUUUACUAUCCGCUGACUGUUCUUGGUCGUCAAGAAACGACCGCCGCCAUAUCUACUUCUUCCGGUACUUGGGAUUGAUUUCUCGUUUGAUUCCUGCGUUGAAAUUGGGUUGAAAAGGGUGGUUUUAUGUCCCAAAUGUCAUCAUCGGAUCACAAAAUCCGGCCAAAUCUGCCCUACAUCAACUCACAGGAGACUCAAUUACCGGCCGAAUCGCAGAAACCGGUUUCGAAUAGGAGGGAUUCGACGCCAGCUGCGCAAAACCCUAAUUUCUCCUGCCAGCAUUUAUUGGGGCUCCGAUCCCAGCUCGGCCCGAGCCCGUUCCGCAGCCUGCAGGAUCACAUCUGCAUCCUCCCCCUCGGACGCGCCUCCAUACUUCGUGGGGUGGACAUCCAGUGCGGAUCCUGUGGGCUCCGGCCGCCGCGGCUCUACGCCUGCGUAUCGUGCGCCGCCGUCGAGUGCGGUGAGCACGUGCGGUCGCACGCCGAGGAGACCUCGCACCACGUGGCGGUUGACGUGGACCGGGCCGAGCUCUUCUGCUGCGAGUGCGGGGACCAAGUCUAUGACGGCGAUUUCGACGCCGCCGUCGUGUCGGCCGCCAUCGGCGACCGGCCGGUACCCCCACCGGAGAAUCUUAAAAAGCGGAAGCGCGUGGAUUACAAGCCGUGGACCCCAGAUCUCAAGGAGCAGGCACUGAUCGCGGAGAACACUACCCCUUUGCCAACGAGUCAACUCGGCAGUGACCCGGGUUCUUAUCCACAGGGGCUGAGAGGGCUCAGCAAUCUUGGAAACACGUGUUUCAUGAACUCGGUUUUGCAGGCGUUGCUCCAUACGCCUCCUUUGAGGAACUAUUUCGUGAGUGAUUUGCACAACAAAUUUUAUUGCGAGAGAGAAAAUAAAACCAUUGUUACUCGAAAGAGCGAGCUGAACAAAGCCGAUAGUAAGAAUGUUCAGUUGUGUCUAGCAUGCGAUUUUGAUGCCAUUUUAUCUGCAGCAUUCUUAGGGGAUAGGAUGCCGUACAGUCCGGCGAAGUUCUUAUACAGUUGGUGGCAGCAUGCAUCGGACCUCGCAAGUUAUCAGCAACAGGAUGCACACGAGUUUUUCAUUUCCAUUCUUGAUGGCAUUCAUGAAAAGUUGCAGAAGGACAGGUACAAGCCCCCUAGUCAAGGCAGUGGAGAUUGCUGUAUUGCCCACCGUGUAUUUUCCGGCAUCCUGAGAUCUGAUGUCAUGUGCACAUCCUGCGGGUUUACAUCUACAACGUAUGAUCCAUGUAUAGAUAUCUCGUUGGACUUGGAGCCAAAUCAGGUUGAUUCUGCAAAAACAUCUGCAAAAACAUCUGCAAAAACGUCUUCAAAAACAUCUGCAAAAUCCAGUAAUUCUGUCAAGAAAGAUGCAAACUCCAUGAACUCUGCCCAAAACACAAGCAUUUCUACCUUGGUGGGCUGUCUUGAUCGUUUCACAAGGCCCGAGAGAUUAGGGUCUGACCAAAAAUUCUUCUGCCAGAAAUGCCAAGUGAAUCAGGAAUCUCUCAAACAAAUGUCGAUAAAAAAGCUCCCUAUGGUUUCGUGCUUUCAUAUCAAACGGUUCGAGCAUUCUCCAAUCCGUAAAAUGUCGAGAAAAAUCGACCGCUACUUACAGUUCCCGUUUUCUAUUGACAUGGCACCUUACCUCUCGUCUUCUAUUCUCAAAAGUCGGUAUGGGAACAGAAUGUUCCCAUUUGACGAAGACGAGCAAGAUGCUUCGAGCGAAAUUUCUUCACAGUUUGAGCUUUUUGCCGUCAUCACUCACUCGGGUAAUCUUGAUGCUGGUCAUUACGUCACUUAUUUGAGAUUAAGCAACCAAUGGUACAAAUGUGACGACGCUUGGAUAACUCGAGUCAAUGACGACAUUGUACGGACUGCACAGGGUUACAUGAUGUUCUAUGUGCAGAAAAUGCUUUACUACGGAGAAAGUGAAACGGCAGUUGCUGGUUGACUAUGAAGAAAACCAUGUCAAUACAACAUUGUCUGAGGACCAAAAAUUAGUUAUACUGUUGAAUUUGGUUCGUUUUGGACAAUUUUAUGAGAGUCUCGAUUUAUGAGGCCCGGCCCGCAAUCUUGAAGAAAUUUUGUUAAAUUCAAGAGUAAGGGUAUUUUGGGAAGAGUGUUGUUCAAUUCUUUUUCUUCUUCCCUAUUAUGAAUUUUCAUUAUAGGUGAUGAGGACUAUAAUAGAUAUUGCAGUGAUUGGUACAAAAGCUCAAAGGCUUACACUGAUCAAAUACUAAUCAUACAAGAUAAGAUGGCUAUACUGUGUUUGUGUGUUUGUGCAAUUAUUCUUUGCUUA